GAAGCGUCGAAAGGGGACGCCUUUUGUUUCCGUAACUCUCUCUCUCUCUCUCUCUCUCUCUCUCUCUCUCUUAGAAAUUCUCGAGCGAGGAAAAUGGCGGAGGCGCCGAGCAAGAUCGAUUCGAUGAGGAAGUGGGUGGUGGAGCACAAGCUUCGAGCUGUUGGGUGUCUUUGGCUCAGCGGAAUCGGGGGUUCGAUCGCGUACAAUUGGUCUCGGCCUAAUAUGAAGCCCAGCGUUAAGAUCAUACACGCAAGGUUGCACGCACAGGCUUUAACACUGGCUGCCUUAGCUGGUGCAGCAGUGGUCGAAUACUUUGACCAUCAUUCGACCUCCGAGCCGAAGGUGGACAAAUAUGCAAACCAAUUCCUUGCGCACUCACAGAAAGAUUGAAAUCAUUUGAGGCUGCUUCUUUCAACCUACAUCGAACUUUUGGUUCUUACGCAAUCAUACAUGAUACUUAGUGGAGGAUUUUUUUUAUUUUUUUUCCUCUUUUUGUUUACCAUGAGAUCUCGAGAAGUUGUUUUCCAUAAGUGUGCUGUCGAAAAGGAUCUCCUCCUGCUAAUUACAUGUCAGGCGUAACAAUAUAUUGCUAUAGAGGGGAAAAAACCUAAAUUUGUUGAAUAAUCCGAGUAAUAAGUUGGAGAGGGUGUUGGCGAACAUGUUACAUAUUUUCAUGAUGGAUGCCUUUUCUGUGUUUUUUCCUCUCCUUA